AUGACCAAGACGGUGAUGAUGAUGAUGGCCCAACUAACGACGGCGACGGAGCAGAUCGACUUGACGGCGGAAGACAGUCGCUGUAUCUUAUUACUCGACUUUCGGAAGGCUUACGAUACUGUGGACCGAGAUUUCUUAUACGAGUCCAUGCGUCUAUUUGGUUUUACAGAAAGCUUUAUUGACCUCAUCUGUCGGAUCCACACGGGCACGACUGCAACUUUUGUCGUUAAUGGAGGUCAAUCCUCCGCGCUCCCGGUGCGUUCCGGAAUCCGGCAAGGCUGCCCGCUUGCGCCUCUCCUCUUUUUACUCGUAGUAGAGGUAUUAGGGCUCGCCCUCAAGCAAGACCCGUCACUCAAAGGAUUGCCAGUGCCUGGGACUGUCGACCGGACUCAUCUCUUUUCGGCGUUCGUCGAUGACUCAACGCUCUUUUUGGACACGGCAAAACAAAUCCUCCAUGCUCUCGGAAUUAUUCAAGCGUUCGGGAAUCUGUCAGGCCUUCAUGUGCAACCGGCAAAGAGCAAGCUUCUUUUUUUUGAACCGGGCCAUCUCCAGAGCGAGCUUUGCCGGUAUAGACAUCGUGCCCUCCGGCGCCACUACCAGGUACCUUGGGUACGAGAUCGGGACCGGGCCUCUGGACAACAAAAAUUGGGCUCAUCGGAUCCGGACAAUUCAGCGCCGCCUCCUCACUGUGACGCGGGUGGCGACAAGCGUUGA